GGCGGCAUAAAUCGUCGGCGCCAUCUUGGUACGGGAGUUAUUUCGUCUUCGGAGUGAAGAUGCCUACUUCAUGCGCCGCUUGGGGGUGCACCACCGUCAGGACGAUUCAAACAAGAUCGCAAGGAAUUACCUUUCACAAGUUUCCCAAAGAGAAGCAGUUGAGGAGACAGUGGGAAGUGGCUGUGAAAAGGGAAGACUUUUCUGCCAAUGAGAGGUCAAUGCUCUGUAGCCAGCACUUUCAGCCGGAGGAUUUUGACCGGACAGGCCAAAAUGUCAGGCUCAGGGAUGGAACUAAACCAUCUGUGUUCAGUUUCCCAACACAUCUCAAAAGAAAAGUGGCAGCCAGGACUACACAAGCCUCAAGGAAGGCUGAAGCGAGCCUUGUAAUUGACUGUUCUUUACAAUCAUUACAAGUCACUGAACCUUCACCUAACUACCUUGAACACACUUAUGCAUUGCCUCCAUCUCCCACUCUUCUCAAGACUAGACUCAAUGAAGCCCUGGCUAGGGUGGAGAGUCUUGAGAAAGAGAUGAGGAACUCAAAGGCCCGAGAGCAGAGUGCGAAGAAAACAGUGCGUUGUCUUCUGGAGGACCUCAGGGGGAAGAACCUCAUAAAUGAAGAGCUGCAAGAGAGGCUUGACUUAUACUCAGAUCUUCCAUUAGGCCUCCUGUCCAAACAGGGCCACGAGUACACUAAAGAGCAGAGGGAGUUUGCCCUCACUCUCCACCUGCACGGGCCCAAAGCCUACUCUUACCUGAGAGAGUCUCUCCACCUCCACCUACCACAUCCACAUACAUUGCAAAGGUGGAUGAGCUCUGUGGAUUCCAAGCCUGGACUCAACACCAUGAUGCUGGACAUGUUGAGAAGAAAAAGAGAGGAAGAUCCAGUGAAGUAUGGACGUGUGCAGCAGCAAUAA